AUGUAUAACCAAGAUGAAUUUAUCAAUCGGUUUCGUUUGCCCAAAGAAGCCAUCCUUAGGCUGACCGAUGACUUGUCAAACUCACUGGGGCCUACAACAGCAAGGAGUCACAGCAUUCCAGCUCUGCUACAGGUAUGCACUGCAGUAAGAUUUUAUGCAACAGGCAGUUUUCUAAAUACUGUUGGUGAUACUCUGGGUUUAAGCAAAGCCUCUGUGUCCCGAGUGGUGCACAGGGUGUCAAGUACCCUCUCAGAUAAGCUUCCAAAAUUCCCAACACAACCUGCAGAGUUGAACAGCAUUAAGAGGGGAUUCUUCAAUGUUGCAAGGUUCCCCAACGUAAUAGGGGCCAUUGACGGGACACAUGUCCGAAUCCAGGCACCAUCGGACCAUGAACAUUUGUUUGUGAACAGGAAGGGAUAUCACAGCCUCAACAUUCAAGCUGUUUGCGAUUCAAACCUAAAGUUUCUUAAUUGUGUGGCCCGCUGGCCUGGAUCGUGUCAUGAUUCGAGAGUCCUACAAAAUUCUCAGCUUUACCAGGCAUUCGAGGAUGGCAUUAUUGAUGGAAUCUUGUUGGGUGAUUCUGGAUACCCGCUGAAGCCAUGGCUCCUUACUCCCUUCUUGUAUCCUACCACACCAGCACAGAGGAAUUACAAUGCAGCUCACUGUUCUACUCGAAACACAGUUGAGAGGGCAUUUGGGGUUCUCAAAAGGCGGUUCCAUUGUCUCCAUGCAUCACCAGCUAGCUCUGAGUCUGAGCAGCCUGAGGCCACUCACAAGGCCGAUGUGCCAACCAAGAGGAGGCGUGAAAAGCCGGUGUACCUUACCGAUGAUCAGCAGCAGUUGCUGGCCGACUGGUUGAAGGACCACCCAGAGAUAUAUACGAAGGGCUCUAGGGAUUUUAAAAACACGGAGAGGAAGAAGAGGAGGUGGGAGGACAUGGCCAAGGACCUUGGAGUUAGCUAUGAGGAGCUCAUUAGGUGGCCCUGUCACCCCUAUAAGGGGGACGCCCUGCGUAGCCCGAGUUGGGGAAUGGAGAGGAUGAGCUCCUGA